AUGCCGCCAGCAAGAGGAGGAAGAGGUGGUGGGCGCGGAGGUGCCUUCAAUCCCGCGCGAGGAACAGUGACGAUUGCUGGAACUGAGCUCAACUGGGAUCUUACUGGCCUCGACAUUCAGAAGGGGCCUGCCGAGCGCUUUCCAGAAGCUCCUCCUCCACAAGCGCCUCCACCUACCGACGAUGAGCUCGGCAUGGUCAAGCACCACCUAGCAGUCCGCGACCGCAUACACGAAGGCCCGUUCUACACCAUCCUCAACGACGGCAUGAAGAACGGACUGAAGAGAAAGGCCAACGAGCCUGCACCCACUGAGGCUUCUCUAUUCGACCCCUUCACCGGCAACCAGACAUACUCCGCGAAAUACCUCAAAGUGCGGAGGAGGCUACCGAAGCUAGAUGCGCGACCAUACGUCGUCGACCUCUUCCCCGCAGAACUCCGACCAACACUAGACGGUACACGAGCCGACUCAAACUCGACCAAGAAGCGCAGGACGCUAGGCGUCACCAAAGUGAACGGCCUAUCCCAGAUCGAGCGAUUGAUCAAGUCGGAACAAGAACGCACCAACGAAGCGGAAGCCCGCGCGGAAGAAGAAGCAGACGAAGAGGCCGACGAGGAAGACGAGGAAAUCGACGAGGAUAAACCUGAUGCCGUUGACGAGGAAGAUAAUUGGUCUGCUGCUUCCACAGACUCGGAAGAAUCUGACGACGAUUACAACGCGGAGCAGUACUUUGAUAACGGCGAGGACGAUGAUAUCGAUGAUGCGGAUCCGUAUGAGAAUACGUAUGAAUAA